UUCUAAAUCUCCUUUUUGUCUUCCUCUCUCUCCCUCGCCAGAAUGGUGAAGGUUUUGGGUUCAGUGGCGAUAUUGCUUAUUGUUUUGGCCAGAACUGUGUUGUCUUAUGAUCGGCCCGGUACUCGGAAAAAUUUAGUGAUCCAUCCGUCUAACGAAGAUGAUCCUACGUCCCCCGAUCAGGUGCAUAUAUCUUUGGUUGGGCCGGACAAAAUGAGAAUAUCAUGGAUAACGCAAGGCUCAAUCAUGCCACUGUUGUAUAUGGCACAGUCUCCGGAAAAUACGAAAGCUCGGCUAAUGGAACGUCGUCGACAUACCACUACUUGUUGAUUUACCGAUCGGGUCAAAUUCAUGACGUGGUUAUAGGCCCAUUAAAGCCCAAUACUGUUUACUAUUACAAAUGUGGAGGCCCAAAUUCAACUCAAGAGUUCAGCUUCAGGACUCCUCCCUCCAAAUUCCCAAUCAAAUUUGCCGUGUCCGGUGACCUUGGGACAUCUGAAUGGACUAAAUCAACAUUGGAACAUGUAUCAAAAUGGGAUCAUGAUGUUUUCAUCUUGCCUGGUGAUCUGUCAUACGCUAACUCGUACCAACCGUUGUGGGACACUUUUGGUCGCUUGGUGCAGCCACUUGCGAGCAAAAGACCUUGGAUGGUCACUCAUGGCAACCACGAGCUCGAGAAAAUACCUAUCUUACACCAUCACCCUUUCACUGCCUAUAACCAGAGGUGGCGCAUGCCAUUUGAAGAGAGUGGCUCGACCUCGAAUUUGUACUAUUCCUUCAACGUUUAUGGAGUCCACAUUAUUAUGUUGGGGUCAUACACAGAUUUCGAGCCUGGCUCGGAGCAAUACCAAUGGUUAGAAAAUAAUCUCAAAAAAAUUGACCGUAAGACCACACCGUGGGUUGUGGCUGUGGUGCAUGCGCCUUGGUACAACUCCAACGAAGCUCACCAAGGAGAGAAAGAGAGUGUGAAGAUGAAAGAAUCCAUGGAAACUCUUCUUUAUAAAGCACGCGUCGAUUUGGUAUUUGCCGGUCACGUCCAUGCUUACGAGCGUUUUAGUCGAGUGUACCAAGAUAAGUUCGACAAAUGUGGUCCGGUUUAUAUUAACAUCGGGGAUGGUGGCAAUCUAGAAGGCCUUGCUAGAAAGUAUAAAGAUCCAAAUCUCGAAAUAUCAAUGUUUAGAGAAGCAAAUUUCGGGCAUGGUCAAUUGGUGGUCGAGAAUGCGACUCAUGCACAUUGGGAAUGGCAGAGGAACGACGAUGAAGUGUCGGUACAAAAGGAUUCGGUUUGGCUAACCAGUCUCUUAGCCGAUUCAUCUUGUAAGAUUUAGACCGCCGCGGUUCGUGUUCUUGAAUGUUGUUAGGACUUGUGCGGUGUGCCUCAUCAUUGAUUAUAUAUGUUAUUAUGUUAAAUGUCGAUGUAGAAUCGAAGAUACUAGAGUACUUAUAUAUACUAUUGAGUAUUGACAACAAUAUCAAAACAUGAAUACAUGAUACACAAAUGU